UUUUGAUUCUACUUUGCAGACUCCGACCUUCUAUUAGAUAUCCAACAUGUGUGACGAGGACGAGUGUGCGCUUGUGUGCGACAAUGGCUCUGGCAUGGUCAAGGCCGGUUUCGCCGGAGACGACGCCCCUCGUGCCGUCUUCCCCUCCAUCGUCGGCCGUGCCCGUCAUCAGGGUGUGAUGGUCGGCAUGGGUCAGAAGGACGCCUACGUCGGUGAUGAAGCACAGAGCAAGAGAGGCAUCCUGACUCUCAAGUACCCCAUUGAGCACGGUAUCAUCACCAACUGGGAUGACAUGGAGAAGAUCUGGCAUCACACUUUCUACAACGAACUCCGUGUUGCCCCUGAGGAGUCCCCCACACUUCUCACUGAGGCUCCCCUCAACCCCAAGGCCAACCGUGAGAAGAUGACUCAGAUCAUGUUUGAGACCUUCUCUAUGCCCGCCAUGUAUGUAUGCAUCCAGGCUGUGCUUUCCCUGUACGCUUCUGGUCGUACCACUGGUCUCGUCUGUGAUUCCGGUGAUGGUGUGACCCACAUGGUUCCCGUCUAUGAAGGUUUCGCUCUUCCUCAUGCUAUCCUUCGUUUGGAUCUUGCUGGUCGUGACCUUACCAACUACCUGAUGAAGAUCAUGACUGAACGUGGCUAUUCCUUCACCACCACCGCUGAACGUGAAAUCGUUCGUGACAUCAAGGAGAAACUUUGCUACAUCGCCCUUGACUUCGAAAGUGAGAUGAACGUCGCUGCCGCUUCCUCCUCUUUGGACAAGUCCUACGAGCUUCCAGACGGUCAGGUCAUCACCAUUGGUAACGAGCGUUUCCGUGCUCCCGAGGCUCUGUUCCAGCCUUCCUUCCUUGGUAUGGAAUCUGCUGGUGUUCAUGAAACUGUCCAUAACUCUAUCAUGAGGUGCGAUAUUGACAUCAGGAAGGAUCUAUUCGCCAACACCGUCAUGUCUGGAGGUACCACCAUGUACCCUGGUAUUGCUGACCGCAUGCAGAAAGAAAUCACUGCUCUUGCUCCUUCCACCAUCAAGAUCAAGUCAUUGCUCCUCCUGAGCGAAAAUACUCUGUCUGGAUCGGCGGUUCCAUCCUGGCUUCACUGUCCACCUUCCAGUCCAUGUGGAUCACCAAGGAUGAGUACGAAGAAUCUGGUCCCGGCAUCGUCCACCGCAAGUGCUUCUAAACUAUCAUCACAACAAACAUGUUGUACCCUUGGUCACACCGAAGGAAACUAUCUCUUUUCACUCCAAAUAACACAAAAUCACUGUUUAUGUUUAGUUCUUAAGGGAUCUACACAGAUGUGUUUACCUGUUGUCGAUACAACCUUGACUGAGGAUAAGGGGAAGCUCCCACCUUUAUAUACCCAAAUAUCCAACAUGUGUGACGAGGACGAGUGUGCGCUUGUGUGCGACAAUGGAUCCGGCAUGGUCAAGGCCGGUUUCGCCGGAGACGACGCCCCUCGUGCCGUCUUCCCCUCCAUCGUCGGCCGUGCCCGUCAUCAGGGUGUGAUGGUCGGCAUGGGUCAGAAGGACGCCUACGUCGGUGAUGAAGCACAGAGCAAGAGAGGCAUCCUGACUCUCAAGUACCCCAUUGAGCACGGUAUCAUCACCAACUGGGAUGACAUGGAGAAGAUCUGGCAUCACACUUUCUACAACGAACUCCGUGUUGCCCCUGAGGAGUCCCCCACACUUCUCACUGAGGCUCCCCUCAACCCCAAGGCCAACCGUGAGAAGAUGACUCAGAUCAUGUUUGAGACCUUCUCUAUGCCCGCCAUGUAUGUAUGCAUCCAGGCUGUGCUUUCCCUGUACGCUUCUGGUCGUACCACUGGUCUCGUCUGUGAUUCCGGUGAUGGCGUGACUCACAUGGUUCCCGUCUAUGAAGGUUUCGCUCUUCCUCAUGCUAUCCUUCGUUUGGAUCUUGCUGGCCGUGACCUUACCAACUACCUGAUGAAGAUCAUGACUGAACGUGGCUAUUCCUUCACCACCACCGCUGAACGUGAAAUCGUUCGUGACAUCAAGGAGAAACUUUGCUACAUCGCCCUUGACUUCGAAAGUGAGAUGAACGUCGCUGCUGCUUCCUCCUCUUUGGACAAGUCCUACGAGCUUCCAGACGGUCAGGUCAUCACCAUUGGUAACGAGCGUUUCCGUGCUCCCGAGGCUCUGUUCCAGCCUUCCUUCCUUGGUAUGGAGUCUGCUGGUGUUCAUGAAACUGUCCAUAACUCUAUCAUGAGGUGCGAUAUUGACAUCAGGAAGGAUCUAUUCGCCAACACCGUCAUGUCUGGAGGUACCACUAUGUACCCUGGUAUUGCUGACCGCAUGCAGAAGGAAAUCACUGCCCUUGCUCCUUCCACCAUCAAGAUCAAGAUCAUUGCUCCUCCUGAGCGAAAAUACUCCGUCUGGAUCGGCGGUUCCAUCCUGGCUUCACUGUCCACCUUCCAGUCCAUGUGGAUCACCAAGGAUGAGUACGAAGAAUCUGGUCCCGGCAUCGUCCACCGCAAGUGCUUCUAAACUAUCAUCACAACAAACAUGUUGGUAAUCUAAAAAAAUA